AUGGCCUUUUUGAUGGGACAGCAAAGGCACUUCGCUGAGCAGGUUAUGGCCGCCUCCAGCAACGACCACAAGGGCCUUGACAGCGUGCGUGUUUUGAACAUUUCUUUUGGCUGGGAUGAGACGAAGCAGGCACAUAUCAAGAACAAGAAUAUGAAUGGCCACGAAGAGUCUGUGCGGCAUCCGAAGACCGCAGGAAGCCGGGAGUAUGUGCAUGCCUUGGUUUCCAGUGGCACGGUAUGUUGGAGUGAUGGGGAAGGCUUGUCUCAUGCCGAAGAGAUCAAUUUGCCUCCUAGGCAAGUUCCUGGAACAUCAUCAAAAGACGUCGGCCCUGCUCUCAUGCAGAACCUUGAGGAAUUCAUCUUCGGUACAUCAGUUUCAGCCUUCAUUGAAUCUGCUUCCAAGAAAUACAGAUCAGUGAGCUUCUACAUCGUCGCAGAUUCCGCGAAAGCAAACCUGAAAACCAUACGCCAACUGCUGGCUUACUUUCACCAAGUUGCUGAGGAAUCCGCCCUUCGAUUCACAUUUCAGUUCACUCCCUGUUUGAUGCACCAACUGAUGAGGGUAGUACUCUUGAGUAUGGACCACAAGAAGCUGACAAGCUCAAUGUAUUCCAUCAGCAGAAUACAGCUUUCGUCAACAUUGAAAGCCCGAACUCUCACAGCCAUGAAGGACUUGUUGGAGAAGAAUUUUCGUUAUGUGCCAGACGAGACCCCGCCAGAAGGCAAUCCUUUCUUUCGCCGCCGGUUAGGCGAACUGCUGAAAGGUGCCCUGAACGUCGACAUGGGUGAGCUGGCGAUCGGUGAAGAACGAUGCAAACUCAUUGACAAGGCGCUCGGCUUUUUCAACGGCAAUUUACUGGACAAGCAUUCCCUGUGUCAUUUUUGCACGGGGUGCCAUCGGGACCGCCAGCAUGCACUCAGCGAGGUGUCUUGUCAGCGAAAUGUUGCAACUUGCAAUACUUGCACUGUCAGCUAA